UUUAUUUUAAAUUUUGUAAACACACACACACACCCUCGACGUUUAGCCGGGAUAACAUAAUGUAGACAUGCUUUUUGAUAUUUUUUCACUGCUAAGAUUAGUAACAACUGUUAGGUUAAUUAGGUGUGAAUUUUAAAUCCUUAUCAUUUCAGUUUAUUCUUAAGUUAUUAAAAUCAACUAAAGGACCGAUAAGAGGCAACAAGUAGCUACCUUAUGCUAUGUAGAGAGCUCAUCCUUUAUCUACGAAAAGCCUCCGUGACCAGAUAAGUCCAAAACCAUCGAUAUUUAAAGAUAAGAACUCAUUACUUUACCAAGCUAACCUUGCAUCUUGCUGAAUAAAAGUAAGUAAUAUUUAUAUUUUCUUAAUUACUAAAUAACUUCGAUCUUAAACGAAAGCUAAAGCGCGAAAAAUACUUUCAGAACAACAGCUGACCUUUGCUGUAGCUCCUCAAAGAAAAUUUCAUUACUCUUUAUGCGAUGCACUUUUACGAGACGCUUUUUUUAGCUGUCGUGCUAAUGGAGCGCAGUAUUAUGUAGGGUAGUCGCAAACUGAAGGCAUUUAACAAAAUAUUUAAUUAAAUCUGAGGCGAAACAAAGAAGAUUGCAUAAAAGCUUUGAAAAUAGAAUUAAAAAAAAAAACACUAAACUGCAUAGUUGAUUAAAAAGUUCUUUUACCAGUUUCGGGUUUGAUCGAUUUGUUUAUUUCCAGCUCGGUGCGAGCGUGUCCACGUUAUCCUUUCGCGCAACCCUACCUGGCAUAAAGGUACACGCGGAGGUGUAAACUUUAUUCGGAAUAAAGUUUUCGAUGACAACGGACGUGUGCGCGCUGACGACCAUAAUUAAAUAACUGAUACCAGACAAUUACCAGUUCACCGUGGGCAGGAUGCAGCACCAGAAAAUGUUGCUCCGCUGUAUCUUCUACGUUCUCGUGAUGAAAGACGCUCUCAGUUUGGAUGCAGAAGUGACGGUGCUGAGAGCGGUGAGAGGUCGCGACGCUCGCCUCCCCUGCGGCCAGGGGAAGGUGUUCCUGGACGGGCCGGACUCCUACGUGCUGUGGCUCAAGAACGACCGCGACUUCCUCUACCGCUUCCCCAACGAGGAGUCUGAAAGAAGGGUAAUGAACCGCGACCGCAUCUUCGGUACGACGUGCGAGGGCGGCACGUGCCACGACGACACGUCUCUGCUGAUCAAGCGCGCGGCCAACAAGGACGGCGGGCUGUACCGCUGCCGCGUGCACUAUCAGGCCUCGCCCUCCGUUGAUUACGUCAUCGAUAUGCGCCUAGUUGACUCGCCCGGCAUGCCGCGCCUGUUCGAUGGUGAGGGUGACGAGAUCAACAAGGGCUACGUGGGACCGCUCAGCCUCGGCGCUGACCUGACUCUCAUCUGUGAAGUCGAUGACCAGCAACCAGACACUCUAGUAUACUGGCGUCGCAACGGCGUGAUGAUCGAGCGCGCGCACUCGGCCCGGCCUCGCGUGCUGCGCGCCGAGGUGCACGCGCGCAACCUGACGCGCAACGAACUCGACGCGCAUUACGAGUGCCUCGCGCAAAACGCUGACGUAUCCGAACCUCUCUCUGCUACUGUCGUUGUUAAGAUGUACCUACCGCCUAUGAGCGUUGAAAUCCGGCUGAACAACAACCUGGACUUCGAGGCUGGACAGCCACGCGUAGUGGACUGCGUAGUCAUCGGCUGCGUACCGCCGCCCUCCAUCACCUGGCACCUCGGCGAGACCAUGCUGCGCCCCAGCGUGCAUAAGGAGCUGCACGAUGGCAACUACACGGUGUCCUCGCUGACGCUGGCGCCCUCGCUGCGUGACAAUAAGAACAAGCUGGUCUGCCGCGCACACAACUCGCACUUACCGGAUUCCGUGUUCCAAGAUAAUGUAACUUUGAAUGUUGGAUACCGUCCAAUCUGCCUGACGACUCGCGAAGAGACGAUCGGCGCGGUGACCCGCGAGGCGGAGACACUGACCUGCGUGGUGGAGGCCUCGCCCGAGCCGCUGCAGUUCAGCUGGACCUUUGCAGAUUCCAAGACCCUCUACACCAGUGUCUCUAAAGUACCCGGACAUCACCACCGCUACGCCUCGACGCUUACAUGGCUGGCCAGGGAUGGUGACAUCGGACUGCUGCUGUGCCGAGCGACCAACUCCUUCGGCGAGCAGAAGAAGCCCUGCACCUACACCAUCUCUCCCGGCGGCCCGCCUAAUGCCCCGGACUGCAUCGUGCUGAGGUCCUACCCUAAUGCUCUUAGAGUGCAGUGUAAGAAAGGCUGGGACGGCGGCCGACCUCAGAAGGUCCACCUGGAGGUACUGGACGAGGACGGCAUUCCUCUUCAUAACGUGUCGGACCCCGCGGGGCACUUCCACCUGCCCAACAUUGAGGACGAUCGCAACCUCACCGCUGUGACUUACGCCACUAAUGACCGCGGGAGGAGUGAGGCCAAGACUAUCUACCUGCAGAACAUGAAACCGCUGUCUGCUUCAGCGGUGACAGAAGACUCAGGCAUGACCGCGUGGGAGACGUGGGCUGAAGCAGCAGCGGUAUGCGUGGCGCUCGGCAUCGCCACCACCGCCAUCACCCUCUGCAUCAAGAUCCUCAGGGUGCGCAGGCGAAACGCUGAACUCAAUCCCGAUAUUGUACCGAGGCCUGAUGGAUCCUUUCACCGAGAGCCAGACUUUCUACGAGAGGAACGUGUUCUUGGGACGACAAACAUCACUGUGAAUCAGCUGGCCUCCUGUCAAAAUCAGUACUCGGCGUCACCAGUCCCCUCGUGCCGCGUGCUGGUCGGCUGCGGGUCGCACUCACCACCCGACGCCUGCCCCUCCACACAGCACUCCUACUACGUCUAAACAAUAUAAUCUAAAUACACAUGUAACCUCUCACCGAAACCUUGACGACGACACUUCGCGCGAUCAACGGAGAAUUUUUGGUCUGGAGAUAUUUGUACCUUCAGACUGUGAGGGUUUAAUGCUCGGCGACUUUGGUGUACGAUGCGAGCCUGUCUACUAUCCUCUAUGAAUAUACUCGUAUCAAUAAACCAAAAUAUAUGUUAUAUUUUGGUUGUUCCUAUGAAGGUUUAAGCUGAUAUUGGAGAAUUCGUUUUGCCUUGUAUACGAAAAGUAAAUUGUCGUCAAAGGAUAUAUCAGCACAAUUUAGUCUAUUUAAGAUAUUUAUAAGCACGGCAAGCGAAGGACUGAAGAAAUUGUGCGCUAAGUUUGAUGGUUUUAUAUCAAGCUUUUUGUUUCUGAUAUAGUCACGAACAAAUAUGCAUAACAUAUGUAAAACCAUCACUUGGAGCUGAUAUAAGGCUGAUUUACAAAAUGAGCAACUCACUUUAAACUUGAUGAGGUAAUGUUGCGAUAGGUCUUGUGCUAUAAGAUUUUGGAGGUCUAGGGGCUUGGGCUAAGUCAUCUGUUGCGGAAAAGAGACGAAAUAACACACUAGCUACCAAGGACCAGACUGACUCCUUCGGAUAUUUUACAAUCUGAGCCUUCUGCCAUUGUUUGACUAUAUGAAGGCUUAAGCCAAUGAGGUGAUGAGUUCUGAUGGACCUUAGAUUAGAUUAUUUGUAUACUCCACAAUUUGCGAUCUCAACAUAACAAUAUACUAGCUUAAAUAUACCGAUAGUCAUUUGUAAUUUUAGUUUAGAAUCUUCUUAGUGUGUUUCUUGGAUCAUUCAACGAACUGCACUGGAUCUCUGUCUGUAACCACCGAGAUUUUGAAAAUGGUAUUAUAGUAUACAUAUUGCACAUAAGUUUUGUAAAAUAGUUCUUAUUCCGCAAUUAAAUGUCUAUAAGUAUGUGCUAUUCACUAGUCAUUAAUUAUAUUAAGUUAUCGGUACAUGGUUCGAUUUCUUAAGUUAGGAUCGAAGGAAAAAAAAGAAAGUCCGGCCAAAAAAGUCGACAAACAAACGCUGAUUUACUAAAUUCCAAAAAAGUUUUAUUAUAAUGAAAUGUAAUGGCGUUUAGUAAGUUUUGGGCAGAAUUCCUUGUUUGCAGCCCUAAUGCUUGUAUUGUAUUCAAGGGCCUUGUAAUCAGAAGGAUUUAUGUGCUGACGACACAUUAUGGCAUUAUGUACAGCCAUGGAGUUGUUGUAAAGGAAAUGGCUUAGAAUAUAUUAUUAAGUUAAGGUUUAGUAAAAAGUGUGUAUAACUCACAUUAUGUAUAUCACUCGGCUCAGCUAUGUACUAUGUAUGUAUAUGUAUAUCCACUGUUAUUGUAAUGGAUUAAAAUAGUCGUUUUCUGAAAUAUUA